CCAAGGUGGGAGGAUCAGUUGAGGUCAGGAGUUCGAGACCAGCCUGGCCAACAUGGCGAAACCCCGUCUCUAUUAAAAAUACAAAAAUUAGCUGAGUGUAGUGUUGCAUGCCUGUAGUCUCAGCUCCUUGGGAGGCUGAGGUGGGAGAAUCACUUGAACCUGGGAGGCGGAGGUUACAGGGAGCUGAGAUCGCACCACUGCACUCCAGCUUGGGUGACAGAGCAAGACUCCAUCUCAAAAAAAAAAAAAAAAAAAAAUAGGCUUUUGCAGACGCUGCCGCCGCCAGGAGCCCUGUAGUAUCAGCCAUGGUCAAUCCCACGGUGUUCUUCAACAUUGCCGUCAAUGGUGAGCCCUUGGGCUGCGUCUCCUUUGAGCUGUUUGCAGACAAGGUUCCAAAGACAGCAGAAAACCUUCGUGUUCUGGGCACGGGAGAGAAAGGAUUUGGUUGUAAGGGCUCCUGCUUUCACAGAAUUAUUCCAGGGCUUAUGUGUCAGGGUGGUGACUUCACACGCCAUAAUGGCACUGGUGGCAAGUCCAUCUAUGGGGAGAAAUUUGAUGAUGAGAAGUUCAUCCUAAAGCAUACAGGUCCUGGCAUCUUGUCCGUGGCAAAUGCUGGACCCAACACAAACGGUUCCCAGUUUUUCAUCUGCACUGCCAAGAGUGAGUGGUUGGAUGGCAAGCAUGUGGUCUUUGGCAAGAUGAAAGAAGGCAUAAAUAUUGUGGAGGCCACGGGGCGCUUUGGGUCCAGGAAUGGCAAGACCAGCAAGAAAAUCACCAUUGCUGACUGUGAACAACUUGAAUAAGUUUGACUUGUGUUUUAUCUUAACCACCAGACCUUUCCUUUUGUAGUUCAGGAAAGCACCCUCCACCCCAUUUGCUCGCAGUAUCCUAGAAUCUUUGUGCUCUUGCUGCAGUUCCCUUUGGGUUCCAUGUUUUCCUUGUUCCCUAUGCCAGCUGAAUUGAAGAGUUGAGUUAAGUUUAUGAUUAUGAAAUUAAAACUAAAUAACUAUAAAAAGUUAGCCCCAU